AUGGUCACCUUCCAAGGUUUAUUGAAGGGUAUUUGCGUGUUUGUCGCCUGUGAAAGUGGACAGGAUCUAGUGAUGGAGCUUGACGAUACCAAGGCUCUGGCCUCGGCACUGAUUCUUGGAUACCGCAUGCCUGGCUCAUCGGACGGAGUGAAUGACAUGUGCGGAGUAUCUGCAGCAAAGUCUUGUCAGACCAAUUUACCGUAG